AUGAAAAAGUUUCCUGAGAAAUCUGGCUCACAUUGUCGGUAUGGGGAAAUCAAGAGUACUAUACAUAGGUGCGUAUAUGACUCUUUCAAUCAUCAUGAGUUUGAUGAACAUUGGUGUCAUAUGCUUGAUACAUUUGAUUUGCAUGAGAAUGUAUGGUUAGUAUCACUGUAUAGUGAUCGACAUUAUUGGGUGACGGCCUAUGUUAGAGACACAUUCUGGGCAGGAAUGUCAACCACACAGCGAAGUGAAGGAAUGAAUGCAUUUGUUGACGAUUACGUUCACUCUAGAACUAUUCUAAAGCAAUUUGUUGACCAGUAUGAUUCGGCCCUUAGGAGGAAAGUAGAGAAUGAAGCAAUUGCUAACUUCAAUUCCUUUAACACAGACAUUCCUUGCAUCAGUUGCUAUCCUCUUGAGAAGCAAUUUCAAGGUGCAUAUACUCUUACUAAAUUCAAAGAGGUACAAGAGGAAUUGCGAGGAUUUCUAUAUUUGAUUACUAAUGAGAUGGGGUGUGAGGAUAGUAGAUAUAUGUUCGUUGUUGUGGAUGAGGUUCAAGUUGGUAAUGACUUAUUAAAACGUGUAACCUUUAAUGUGGAAGUUGAUCAAGAUCCUUGUGAUGUGAAAUGCAGUUGUAAGUUAUUUGAAUUUAGGGGUAUUUUGUGUAGACACGCUCUCCGUGUCUUAACUUAG